AUGGUGUACUCUUGUGACACACCAUUUGUCACUGAGCUGAACUAUCAAAAUGGCACUACUCAACCCUAUGAUAAGAUGUCAAUUGAGAUGGAAGAGCGCCACAAGCCUCGGUUUGGUGGCUUAGAAGCUGGCAUGAUUGUGACUCCAGUGCUCAUGACGGAGCUAUUCCUUCCAAACAACCUCCUUCAAGAUAUCAUCGGGCAUACAAAUUCAUAUGCAAGAGCUAGACUACCCCCUUCGAAGGUUAAGGAUGUAACUUUGGAAGAAUUGCUUCGCUUCUUGGCAAUUUACUAUUACAUGGGCUUGGUAGUGCUUCCGUCGAAAUCAGAUUACUGGCGACGUCACAAACUUAAUAUUUGGCCGACACAUCCGGUGACACAUGGCAUCUCUUCCAAAAGAUUCCAAUACAUAUGGAGGAAUAUUCAUCUAACAGUACCUGAGAAUGCUCAGGAAACAGAUGACGAUGCUGGCAGUGGUGAUGAUGACGACGAAGAAGAAGAAGAAGAAGGAAAUGAAGAUCCAAACGGCAAUCAACAAACAGGUGAAGAUGACCAAUUGGUUGAUGAGCAAGAAGCACUGACCUGGUAUGACAAGGCAAAGCCUCUCCUUGAUCAUGUGAACAAGAUCUCUCAACGGCAUUGCAUCAAUCCAGGCUUCUGUGUAUCGCUGGACGAACAGAUGAAACUGUUCAAGGGACGCAACAAGCAGACAGUUCGAAUGAAAGCAAAGCCAAUCAAAGAAGGCUUCAAAUUCUUUGCAAUCUGUGAUGCAAGUACAGGAUAUGUGUAUUCCUUUGUCCCCAGUGGCCGUCUAGAGGGAAACAAGAUUGCUGAUAUGGUGUUGCAACUUGCAGAGAAGUUGCCCGACCGAGACAACAAGAAGUAUGUCAUUGCCAUGGACAACUACUUCACUCUCCCAGACGCGAUGCUGAGGCUGAGGCAAAUCAAUGUGGCUUGUGUUGGAACAGCUAGAGGAAGAAGAGGUUGGCCACCAAAGGAGAUCAAGGAUGUCAAGGAUGAUCGCUUCAACACUGUGUAUCAUAUCAAUGACCGUCGCAAUUUCAGAAUCUUCCGUUGGAUUGACAACAAUACUGUCAUAGUGGUGUCGACAUUGCAUGACGGAACAGAGUCAAUUGUGAGAAGAAGAAGACGCCCCCGGGUCACUGUUCUUAACAAGGCUCAUGUGGACACUGUAUUUGGAAACAGUGCAGUGAAGCAGAUUGGGAUUCCUGGGUUCAUUGACGAUUACAACCACUGGAUGGGUGGAGUUGACAAGAGCGACCAAUACAUCGCCUAUUAUCGUCCAAAGUUGAGAGUGCGACGCUACUGGAUGGCAAUGAUGAACCAUGGUCUUGAUAUUGUCCGGAUCAACGCAUAUAUAAUCUACAAGAAGCUUUCAAACCACCCAAAAGUGGAACACAAGGAAUUUAUUACAGAGUUCAUUGAAGCACUUGUUGGCAGAGCGGAUCAAGAAGUAUUCGGACGGACGAGACAAGGAAGAGCACGGACACCUUCACCAAAAGGAAUAGUAAAGAACAAGGCUCGAAUGAGUACAACGAACCCACAGCUUCCUCGCUGUAGAUUCAGAGGCAGUCUGGACGAGCACACUGUUACAUUUGAGCAAGGUAAGAAAGGUCUCAAACAGCUUCAGUGCGUCUAUUGUGCUUAUCUCAAGGCAGUGGAGAAGCAAAAUGGAGGAGACCCCAAUACAAUCAAGGUUGCUGUACCUUCUAGGAAGUGUUCCUAUUGUAAUGUGCACCUUUGUAAGGCACAUUUUGAUGUAUUUCAUGAUCGUACUGAGGUUUAA